UACAGCAGUGGAAGUGCACUGGCUCUGAUGCUUGUGCUGAUUUCGGUGGCAGAACAAUGUUAAUCUGUGUGAGUGUGUGUUGAUUUCUCGUCCGUGCCCGGUGUGAAUGCACCUCAGCCGCAGCCUGAGCCCAGAGCAGCCCUGAGUGUGAGUGUCAGAGGAGGGGAGGGGGGCUCGCGGACAGAAACAGACCCCACAGGAAGGAGUUUUGCGAUGUCUUUUGAGAGUGGGAUCAACCAAAGUGCAGCUUGUUGAGAUUCUCCCUUUGCUUGUUCUUCCUGUCAAGAAUCUCUCCAUCCCCCUGUUCUCUGCUUCCAGUGGAGGCAGCUCAUCUCUGUUCAAGGGACGCUGCACCUAGUCUUUGACAAUGAAGUUUAACUUGUUCAGAAGGCCACAGGCCGUGGCGGCCGAGGAGACCACCGGUGCCACCACCACAGUGACCAUGGCCCCCAGCCCGGCGGUUAUCUCCACCACCGCCCUGGACAUGUCUGGCUCCAACAACACAGAGAUCAGCAAGAAUGACAUGUUUGAGGAAAUCAAGAGUAAAUUCUUGAAUGAAAUUGAUAAAAUCCCAUUGCCUCCGUGGGCCCUGAUUGCCAUCGCUGUGGUGGCCGCGUUGCUUCUCCUCACCUGCUGCUUCUGCAUAAUCAAAAAAUGCUGCUGCAAGAAGAAGAAGAACAAGAAAGGGAAGAAGGGCAAGGACGGCUUCAACAUGAAGAACAUGCAGGACGGCGAGAUACACCAGGACGAUGACGAUGACGAGGGAGAGACCGGAUUGACGGAGGAGGACAAAGAGGAAGAGGAGAAAGAACCAGAGAAACUGGGGAAGCUGCAGUACUCUAUAGAUUAUGACUUUGAGAACACAAAGGUCACGGUCGGCAUCCUCCAAGCUGCGGACCUCUUGUCCAUGGACUCGGGAGGAACCUCAGAUCCGUACGUCCGAGUCCUGCUCUUCCCCGACAAGACCAAAGUGCACAAGACCAAAGUGCACAAGAAGACGCUGAACCCCGUCUUCAAUGAGACGUUUGUGUUCAAGGUGCCCUAUGAGGAACUCGGUGGGAAGACUCUGACGCUGUCGGUUUUCGACUACGACCGAUUCUCCAAACAUGACGUCAUUGGGGAGGUGAAGAUUCCCAUGAACACAAUCGACCUUGGACGGCCGAUCGAGGAGUGGAAGGAUCUGGAGAGCGCCGACCAGGAGGAGCCUGAGAAACUCGGAGACAUCUGCAUCUCCCUCCGUUACGUCCCCACCGCUGGAAAACUCACCGUCUGCAUCCUGGAGGCAAAGAACCUGAAGAAGAUGGACGCCUGCGGAUUAUCUGAUCCUUAUGUGAAGAUCCAGCUGCUGCAGGGCGGUAAGCGUCUGAAGAAGAAGAAGACCACGGUGAAGAAGAACACCUUGAACCCGUAUUACAAUGAAUCCUUCAGCUUUGAAAUCCCUCUAGAACAGAUGCAGAAAAUCUUGGUGGCGGUCACGGUGUUUGAUUAUGACAAGAUCGGUAAGAACGACGCCAUCGGGAAGGUCUUCAUGGGCAGCAAGGCGACCAGCUUGGGCCUGAAGCACUGGUCCGACAUGCUGACCAACCCCCGCCGCCCCAUCGCCCAGUGGCACCCAUUGCAACCCGAGGAGGAUAUCGACGGUCAGCUGGCAUCUCUGGCGGCCAAGAAGUAACAUGCUCCACCGACCAGCUCAUGCACUAACUCAGAAAUCCCCCCCCCCCAUUUUGCAUGAAACCCAUGACUUUAACACACGGUCAUGAAACCUGCUCAGCAAAAAAGAGACGUCGUAGAAUCCCCCCCCCCCCCCCUCCCUGCUCAUUUAUGGUUAAGUCGGGAAAAAAUUAAACAGUUUUUAAAAAUGAAUCAUCAUUAACAUCUCACACAUUUAGCUGAGAAGAGUUGCCGUUGAGUUACGGGGGGGACCGGCUCCUGAAUCAUCGAAGAAACAUAGAAACUGAUUCUUACGGUGCUGUUCACUGAUCGAGAGUCUCGGUGGAGACAAUAAUGGAAAUAAAGCUUUAGUUUAGUUGAGCAUGCUUUACCUACCCCCCCGCCCACUGCUCUGCAUACACCACACCCAGUAUUGUAUCCUGCUAAUAAGUGUGCUAUAACUUGCAAUAGAGAGUACUGUAGUAUUGGGCUAUUUUUCCGCACAGAGUGUGUUUAAGUAAUGCAAAAACAAAAGAAGACUUAAUUGAGAAUGGAGGAGGUCAUUGAAUGACAGAUGUAAUGUAGGAUGGGAGUACACGGGUGCCUUUCCCUGACAUGUGAAACUUUGAGAAAUGCAGCGUUAAGUGGAGGAAGGGACUGGGGGGGGGGGGACUUGUAUUGUUCAAAAGUCGCCAGGGACUCCGUGAAUGUGCCAUCGGAAAUGUGUCUCGAGCUGCGUCGACCGCUUGGAUGUAAAAAACACGCACUUACCCGCUGGGGAGGUCAGGACAGGAGGAUGACCAGUGACGUUCAAAACAGUUGUGACUUUGCUUCUGCAUUCUGCCGACGCUUCUGAAACACGCCACUCGCUUUUAUUAUUUUCACAAUCCAUUCAGCGCUCCGUGACGGACGUGGUAGUUUACACACAAACGCAAAUAACCGGUGAUGAAACCAAGGGAGCGUUUCUAUAGUGUGUUUUUAUAGUGAACUGGGUGUGAAACGUAAGAUGUGACUGCACUUUUUAAGAGAACGGGAAUUCAACCACAAAGCGAAUAUCAGCGCGGCUCAAAGUGCUGCAUCAAACCCAUUAAACAAUAAACACGUCCAGGAGCAUUCGCUUGAACCAAAUAGAGCCGAAGUGUCACGCAGGUGUCUCUCACACCUCACAGUAGUCGUUUAAAUCCCAUUGAUCAGACCCGAGCUUUGUAAACCUGGAGCCAGAGUGCUACCCUCACUUCAUCAUAGAUUUACUAUGUUAGUGUGAUGUGCAGAUGCAGGGAGGCAAAAAGGCUUUAGAGCAACUGAACACCGGGUUUGAAUUAAAAGGGAAAAUACAAAUCUCACUACUGCAUAAGACAUUUCAAAGAUCUUAUUUGGAGCCAUCUGUCUAAACUUAUGUGGAAAAUUUCCACUAGACAAUUUCAAUAAAAAUACCACCCUGCAGUUGGAGGCCUCGACUAACCAGUGAAGUCAUAUGAUGUCACUGUGACCUUUGACCUUUGAACCAAUGAAAUCCAAGGAUUUUAUUUAUGAGUCCAAGUGACAACUGAUCAGGAUGUGAAGAAAUCGUACAACCUGCUGCAAUUGAGAGUUUGCGCAAAACAUUUCAUAAAAAAAAAGGAAACAUCAUUCCAAUUGGUUGUAGAUAAAUGGGAGAUUCGACACAAUGUAGAAAAAAAUGGAAAGUAUAUAUUUCAGCCACAUCUAAUUUGAUAUUGAAGGGUGUUUUAAAUUAUAAACAAGCCAUUUGACCAUGAGAUCAAAAUGUUGGGGAUCCUCCGUCCAAUACAUGAUGUGUUUUAUCAUCAUAUGAUCCACGUGAGAUAAGAUGUGAGAUUAGAAACUCAGCAAACUACACAAUGUGUUUAGAUGAAAAUAAGAACGAGGUGUUCAGCUGCUGUCUUUGCCUCCGUAUCACCACCAGAUAUAUGAAAGUGUAAAGGAAGGGAAACAGCAGCACACUGACCGGUCCACCCACAGUACUUCUGCUAUAUUACUAUCAGCCCCCAUGCAUCGCUGCAGAUUUGUGAAUAGGCUACAGCAUGAAUUUACAAGAUGAUGUAAAUAGCAGCAUGUUUUAAAGAGGAACCAUUAUUAUAUUGUGUACGUGUGUUUGUGUUCUAUGUCAUUUUUGAUAAUAAAACAGAGUAAAAAAACCUGUAUG